CCUGAAACUAACCUAUUCUUAGAAUGGUUAAUUGUUUAAAUACAUAAAUUCUUAUUAAUUUGUCCUAAGUAAAUAAAUAAAAAUGCAAUUCUUACGACCACUACGUUUCGCAAUGGGCUUACUUCGCCCUGAAAGAAUUGAUGUAACAAAUAUUGCCGGUAUAAAGUAUUUUCCACCACCUAAAAACUAUGAUCAUAUUGAAAUACCUGAGCGUCAAAGGUUACGAGUAUAUGAGAAAGUGCCACAGUAUCCUCCAAAUUUGAAACCUCCAAAGAUGCAAAAGCGACUUAGAUAUAUGAGAGGUCCAGAAAAAUUACACAAUACUUUACAAUUAAAGCAAUAUGGAGUUGUUGCUACUGGUGGAGGACGUAUGAAGAUUGAACAUUUUGAAAUGGCACGUUUAGUAGUAGCUCGCAGGUUGGAUCAAAAGAGAAUGUUUGCAAUUUGGAGAAUCGACCCUCCCUGGCAACCAAUUACUAAGAAGGGACAAGGACAACGUAUGGGUGGUGGCAAAGGAGCCAUUGAUCACUAUGUGACCCCAAUAAAAAGUGGCAGAAUUAUCUUAGAAGUUGGUGGCAAAUGUGAAUAUGCUGAGGUACACACCAUGCUUAAAAUUGUAGCAGAGAGGCUUCCAUUCAAAGCAGAAGCAGUAUCGUACGAGAUAAUGGAACAGAAAGCUGCCUUAGAAAAAUGGCAAGAAGAAAAUAACCAGAACCCUUACACUUUAAAAUAUAUUUUUCAAAACAACAUGGGUGGAUGUCAUAAAUUCCUUUCACCGUUUGAUCAUCGCUGGCAUGGUAAAUAUUUAUAAAUUUUGUUAUAAUAACUUUAAAAAAUAAGUGUUGUAGAAAUAAAUGAAUGCAUUAAUAAGUAACUAUAAUAGUUUUUAUUGUAAUUACUGUUAAAAACAAAACUUUUCCAAUCUUGUACCAAAUAGUACAGGUCAAGUUAAACAAAACUUUGAUAUCCCAUUGUGACUCCAGUGGCGGAUUUACCAGCAGGCUGAGUAGGCUAGAGCCUAGGGCGGCAAUAGGCAGGUACAUUUUUUUUCGCACUAUGACACUGUAUAACUGAC